UAGGGCUGCUGUUAACGUUAAAAGGGGCGUGAAGUUUGCGGCUAGCAGUAAGCUAACCUAGCUCCUGAUCAUCUGGGAUCUGGUUUAUUCUUGGCGGCGUCCAGCAGAAACGAAAAACGAAUUUGUAGAGCGAGUACCAUUUCCAAUAGACACUGUUGUAGUUUCUUCUGUGAGCCGUAAACGCUACCAGGUUAACGGACAGGACCAUUUAGUUUGUGAAAUGUUGACCCAACCGCUCUGUGGACAUAGCAUUGUGGCUAUCGGCGUUACUGCUAACUUAGCUAGUUAGCCUAGCAGGGUAGAUAACUAGGCUGCUAGCUGUGGCCGAACCUAGUUAGCUAGCGAGGAGCCUAACAACACUGGCUUGAAUUAGCUAGAAGGUAGACUCGCGUUAUGAGAAUCACUUAACGCCAGCGUCGUUAGGUUAACGUCAACUACAUCAUAAUCUAUUUGUUUUGCACUUAAAGUUAACAGUUGGUCAUGGCUACCGAUAGUUAGUUAAUUUAACGCGCUAGCAUGCUGUGCUAGCUAAGCAUAGUAGCGUUUCAGUCGUCACGUAGCUACUGCUGCCCUGCACCAGCAAAAGGGUCGGUAGCCUGCAGUUACAGGGCAUUGUGCGGAAUGUAGCAUGGCAUGCUAACCACCCACCAGGACAGUUGGUCAUAGCACAUGCCAUUCAGCCAUGCCAGUCAUGAUAUGAGCAAUUAUAGUAAUAGCGUUGUUAUGAUUAACAGCCAGGUUUAAAUAGCUUUAACACCAAAGUUAUACAGGCGACAGGGCCUUGCGGGUUUGCAGUGGGUUCAACGUUACAUUUCGUUAGCUAGCUAGGUUGUCUAACGUCAGCUUCGUUGCCUGAUUGAUGAUGUUUCUUCUGAACAUGUAAAGUCAGCAAAGUUUGGAGAGCAACAAUGUAACACAACUGAGCUGGUUAGCCAUUUUAAGUUUAUGAAUUAGUGGCGGGCAGCGUUAGCUAGCAAAAUGAACAAUUCAGGAGUCUUGCCACAAGAAAAGAUGGAGCUGGAUCUGGAAAUACCAUCUUCGUUAGCUCAGGGCGAUGGACACUUGAGAAGAUCCAACAGUGCACCCAUGAUAAAUGGCUUAAGUGAUAACUCCCAGGUGUUCCAGAGAGAGGUCCUGCGUAGCCGGAGAAAUAGCACCACAGUUGUCAACAGGCCCAACAUGGUCCCUUCAUCACCUGUUCGCAUCCCCAGCUCCAGACUUCAUCAGAUAAAACAAGAGGAGGGUGUGGAUGUGAUGAACAGAGAAACUGCCCAUGAGCGGGAGGUUCAAGCUGCCAUGCAAAUGAGCCAGUCCUGGGAAGAAAGCCUGAGUCUGCAGUGUUUCUCUCCCUCACUGCAAAUCCUCGUGAGCAGCAACGGCCUAACACCCAGCCCAGUACCCAGCCCAACACGCCGCUUCAGCCGACGGAGUCAAAGCCCAAUCAACUGCAUCAGAGCCAGCAUACUCGGGCCAAUGAAACGCAAAGGCGAGAUGGAGACGGAGAGUCAGCCGAAGAGGCUCUUCCAGGGUACCACCACCAUGCUGUCCUCCGAUGUCUCCAGCCUGUCAGAGCUCAGUUCCUGUCACUCUCCAGAUUUGCUGGAGGGCAGUCUCAGCAGCGUCGGAUCCUCCACAGACUCGCCGGGCAAAAUGGAGGGAGUGUCGCCGUCCUCGUCCAGCAACUCGCCCUUUGCUUGCCUCCAGGAUUUGUCCCCAAAGUGAGCAUGGGCUAGCGAGACGAACUGAAAGGGACAAUCGCCAAAACGUCCCUCUCCAGGGAACCAGUUUCCUUCCGAGACCUUCCAUCUCAGCAUCACCUAAAUUUAAAUGGAAGUUUCCAUGUUUGUGUUUGAGCGGCUGUUUUCAUGGCUACAUUUUGGAGGGUGUAAGAUAUGUUUUGAAUUAAGGAAAUGAAAGCCAUGGAUUAUUUUAGUGUGGAAGAGGUAAGCCUAGUGAAACUAGCGACGACUGAGAGACACGGCACCGGCUGCUAAUACAGGAUCUGGGAUGGUGCUUGGCUUCAUAGUGCUAGUGGUCAUAAGUGGCUCUGCUUUUGUCUUACCAGCUCCCCUCGCUACAGAGAGACAUUCAGCACUGGACAGAAGAAAAAAAAGACUAUUUAGAUGUGUACAUUUUUCCUGUUUCCACAGGCCUUUGUAUGUAUACAUUCUGCAUAUUUUGUAAGAAAAUAUUUAACUUAUUGUUUUUUCUGCUUUGUUUGUAAUUAUGUACAUAUUAACAUUGUCAAAUGUCGUACAUAGUUUUAAGUUUGGAAUUGGCUGUGAGGUGAACGUGGGCACAGGAUGACAGCAAGAGCUUUUUGUAAAGGAUUUAAACUACUUCUGGUGUACACCUGUGGAGAUUUCCGUACGUUAUACUGUACAAAGUUAUGUCUUCAGCAGAUAUUUUUAUAUGGGCUAUGCACUGUGGUGGUUUUUUUUUUUCCUUCCACUUUAACUGGUAUGGCCCCUUCCAUGACCUGCUGCAACUUUAAAUGCCUAGGAUGAGCAAUUAAUGCAGCAAGCAGUCCAUCGUGGAUGUAAUGUGUGCUCUCAACACUAAGGGUUGUUCUGUAUCCUGUGUUUUUGUCUGGAUGGUUUUGUAGAUGAGCAGAGUAUAGAAAUGAUUCAGUAUCCUUUCAGCUGGGGAAAUGUUAUUUAUGAGAAAAAAUGUUUAAGAUGUGGUUGGUGAUAGGUUUCUAUCCCCAGUUAAAAUAAACCAUUUGUGUUGUCAUUUACACAAAUCAACUGCCUGCUAGAACAUGCAGCACAAACAAAAUCUCUCAUUGUGGGGAAAGACUGCUGUGGUUACAUUUAUUAAAACAGCUUUUUGCACAGGAUGCUCGAUCCUGUUUUGUUUCAGCCUGUGUGUAUGCAGAGCAGAAGUGAAACUUUCUUGAUGAAACAAAAUUCAAGAAUGCAGUAUGUAGAGACAUUUUUUGCACCUAAAUUUGCUUUCUGCUGUUGUCGCUCUAGUGUCAUAUUCCUUGUGUAACGUCUACAUCUGAACCCCUUUACGGCUCUGUAGCUUCUAAUGUGUAUGUACAAGAGGAAGUGAUUGUAAAUCAUGUUGUGGAAGUGUGCCCUUUUA